AAUCACACCGCUGCUCACACAAAAGUCACCUCUUCAACUUCCUAGCGGGAAGCCGCUAUCUGGAAGUGCACACAUGCAGCAGGAAUUAAUGGUAAACAAUCAUUUUUACGUGUUAUGUAUCGCUCUACACUCAUAUUUGACAAUCCGAUACAGUCAGUAGUCCUUCAGUACCCUUUCGAAGAGUAGACGAGCAUUUUUAUUUUGUGGUGUCGCGUUAGCCACAAGAUAAAGCUAAGCUUGGCUAGCAAGGCAGGAGGUAACGUUACAGCUGUUUUUGACAGCUCACGUUGUUUACCUCUGGAACCUAGGUUGCGUCCGUUGAUUACACUCUCACUCUGUGUUUGCACAGAUAGAUACAGUCAAAGGCACACGGCCAGCAUAGUAAUCAAAUCAAAAUGAGGCUAUCCCGAGCUGAAUAUAAAAAGAUCGUGAGAUGGACUGAUCAACUGAGACCCACCCGCCAAUGUAUGAAGACGCUGAAGGAAAGAUUACCGAAUCACUCGCAGUCCACUCUUCUGAGCAUCUUCUCCCUGGAGUACCAGAAACGAACCAAAAGAACAUUCUCAAGACACCAUGCACCAGAAGCUAUUGAAAGCUACUACCAAAGGUAUCUGAUUGAAGCCAAAGCACAUCCCGCUGCUCCCGUCCUGCUCGAAUUGGCCAAUGAGGUGGAUCUGUCUCCUGCACUGAUGGCUCGUAUCAUCCUGGACAGGUUCCUUCAGGGCCUGGAGGGUGGAAUGCCCUCUAAAACCGUCCUCAACAGCAUGCUUAAGGAGCCGUCAUUAAUUCCAGACCAAAUGUUGGCCAAACACAUCUACCAGUGCACAAUAAAUGACUGCUGUUAUGGACCGCUGGUAGACUGCAUCAAACACGCUAUUGGCCAAGAGCACGAGGUGCUGCUCUGUGACAAACUGAAGGAGAGGAACCUUUCCUUCCUGGAUGAAAACCAACUGAGAGUUAUGGGCUACGACAAAACACCUGAUAUCAUCCUGGAGGUUCCCAUUGCCGUGGAGGGACACAUCGUACACUGGAUUGAGAGCAAGGCCUCAUUCGGAGACGACCACAGUCAUCGCACCUAUCUCAAUGAACAGUUCUGGAGCUACUGGAACAGGUUUGGUCCCGGCCUUGUGAUCUACUGGUAUGGUUUCAUAGAAGAGCUGGACUGCCAAAGAGACAGAGGUAUCCUGCUCAAAGACUGCUUCCCGACAGACAUUGUCCUGUGCAAUGCCGCUCAGCAGGACGGACCGCCACAAGAGCCAGAAUAAAGACAAAGAGUGAGAAAAAAACCGGAGAUGCAAGGAAAGAGAGAGGAAAACAAGAAGGCGGGAAGGGUAGGAACAGGGGUGUGUAUACCUAGAUCCGGAAGCAAUUUGGCUUUCCUGCGGAGUGAGACGACUCUGCCCUGAACUCCACCUGACCCUCUGUCUGUCGCUCCCUUCCUCUCUUUCACUGCUCCAAAGCUAGCACAUGUAAACACACAGCACCUUUCUGCAUAGCUGACAGCACGGGGUCAGAUUCAUACCUGUGUGCAAAAACACUGUCUUGGAGGCUUUCCUGGUGGCGGUCAGCUCCCGGCCCCUGGAUGGCCUCUUGCAACGCACAGCCAGGGUGAGAGCCAGGACCAGAGCAGGACAUUAGGCCCUUCCUUAUCACACCCAAAGCCCUGGCCUUUGUCACUCCUUCCUCCUCCACUCCAUACGCAGAUAAGAGAGGGGCAGUCCGGGGGCUGGGUGGAAGCCUGUCUCUCACCUGCGUCACUCAGUGCCCUCUCAGUCACUCUCCGGGAGGUAAACAGGAUAAUUUCUGAAUAAAGAUGGCCUCAAUGUGACCUUUUUCACUUUAGAAAAUCUUUUGAAGAUUUCUUCUUUUUUUUUUACCACAGUGGGUUGAAGCAGACAUCGCGACUAAUUGUCAUCACCACAAAUAUUGUUAACAUUUUGUGUCUGCUUAAUCAAGUAUAAUUCAACAACUAUAAUGUGUCACUUUUUGGUUACACAUUUUCACACAGCUGACGUUACACAACAGGUGUUUCUGUCGUUCUCCUCAGCUGGUUUGCCUGGUGUUGGAUAUAGACAGUUAUAUAAUACUUUUUCUAUUUGUCUGUUCUGCAAUUCAUAUUUUUUCGAACAAUUCAUGUGUUAUAUUUUCUACCUCCCUUCCUGAUACUCAAUUUACAGCGAUAUAAAAACAGAGAAAUAAAAAGUCCUCGCAUAUAAGAAGCUUGUUUGGAUUUUUCUGCUUCACAAAUUAAAAUGACUCAUUGAUAAUC